GGUUGACCUGGACUACGGGGCGAACGCUGAGAUGAGGUACUUUAUCAAGGGUGCCAUACAGAAGACGCUCAGCGAAGGGCUGGAGACGAUCGGCGAGGUGCCCUUUCUGCUGGACGAGAAGACGGGCGUGGUGACGCUCAACUUCGACCCCCAGCGUGGCAUGAAGGGCUACUUCGACUUCGUGGUGCACGUGCGGGACCGGUCGGAGGAGGGGGACGAGGCGCGCGUCUUCAUCUACCUGCUGCGCCAGGACCAGCGGGUCAAGUUUGUGCUGCGCAUGCAGCCGCAAGAGGCGCGCCGUCGCAUCGACCACCUCAGAGACAUCCUGGAGGUGGACAGGGCGCUGUCGCUGCUGGACCAGAAUGUGGAGACGCUUCGAUCCGCUAUUCAAGGAGUUUAA